GUUGCUCUGUCCACCGAUUUAUGAUUUUCUGCCGUAUCUUUACAAAAAUGGCAACUAAUGGUGCUGUUCUGAAGAGACUGGAACAGAAGGGUGCAGAAGCAGAUCAAAUUAUUGAAUAUUUAAAGCAGCAAGUUGUUCUUCUUAAGGAGAAAGCAAUUUUGCAGGCAACUUUGAGAGAAGAGAAGAAACUUCCAGUUGAAAAUGCUAAAUUAAAGAAAGAAAUUGAAGAAUUGAAACAAGAGCUAGUUCAGGCAGAAAUUCAAAAUGGAGUGAAACAAAUACCAUUCCCAACUGGUACUCUACUGCAAGCUAAUUCCACAGUUUCCGAAAAAGUGAUACAGUCUAUACCAAUAAGAACUGUAUCUUCUGGUGCCAAAGAACAGAUAACAGGAGGAAGAGCGGAAGAAAAGAUGAAAGAGAAAAUUGAAAUGAAAGAGAAAAAGGAGAAAAAACAAUCAAUAGCAGGAAGUGCUGACUCUAAGCCAAUAGAUGUUUCUCAUCUGGAUCUUGGAGUUGGUUGCAUCAUUACUGCCAGAAAACAUCCUGAUGCAGAUUCUUUACAUGUAGAAGAAGUAGAUGUUGGAGAAACAGCCCCAAGAACAGUUGUCAGUGGCCUGGUGAAUCAUGUUCCUCUUGAACAGAUGCAAAAUAGGAUGGUGAUUUUACUUUGUAACCUGAAACCUGCAAAGAUGGGGGGAGUAAUAUCUCAGGCAAUGGUAAUGUGUGCUAGUUCACCUGAGAAGGUUGAAAUCUUGGCACCUCCUACUGGGUCUGUUCCUGGAGACAGAAUUGUUUUUCAUGCUUUUCCUGGAGAGCCUGACAAGGAGGUAAAUCCUAAGAAGAAGAUUUGGGAGCAGAUCCAGCCAGAUCUCUGCACUAAUGAUGAGUGUGUGGCUACAUACAAAGGAGUUCCCUUUGGGGUGAAAGGGAAGGGAGUGUGUAGGGCUCAAACUAUGACCAACAGUGGAAUAGAAUAAAAUAAAAUAAAAUAAAAUAAAAUAAAAUAAAAUAAAAUAAAAUAAAAUAAAAUAAAAUAAAAUAAA